UACCCAACGACCGUACGUACCAUGAAGCGCGCCAGAGAAGAAAUUAGCCCCUCGAUGGUUGGAAAGGAACAACCGGCACGGUCGGUGGAAGGGAAAGGCGAAAAGGUCCCAGCCGGAGGGAGUGCGGUGGAUGCCACAUCAAGCAACCCACAGCAGUCCUCCAAGAAACCGGCGGUGGCAGGAGCAGCGGCGACAACAACAGAGGUUAAAGAUGGCGAUAGGAAUGCUCCGGCAGCCAGCAGCAGCAGCAGCAGCUCAAGUCGUAGUGGUAGUGGUAGCGCGGCGGGAGCAGGAGCAGGCGGGGCAAAGGCUGGGGCUGGGCCGGGCAAGGGAGCGGCGGCGGCGGCGGGGGAAGAGGAGGUAGCUCCCCCCCCGGACGUGGAAGGGAUUCCGAACGAGACCCUUUUCGUGGGAAACCUCAGCUACAGGGUGUCGGAGGCCGUGAUCAUCAAGCUCUUCACGCCGUUCGGCAAGGUGGUGCGUGAGCAGUUCUGCUACCACAAAGUGGGGCCAAGACUCGGCGAGCCCAGAGGGUUCUGUUUCGUGGAGUACUCCAACGUCGACGACGCGGCCAAGGCCAUCCGAGCGCUCCACGGCCGGAAGCUGUACGGCCGCCCCCUUCGGGUUCGCUUCAUGACGGUGGAGGGCAAGGGUCGCAUGGACUACUCCACCACUGACAGCAAGGGGUCGACCGCCACUAGCGGCAGCUUUGGGACCUACGGGGAUGGCGCAAAGAUCCCACCCACUCCCGGCGCCGGCGGCGAGGCUGGAGCCGCGGCGGGUGUGACGAAGUUAUCCCUGGAUAAGAAGGUGGCGCUGCUGAAGCUGAAGCUGCGGGAGGCGCAAAAGGCGGCGGGAAAGCGAUAA